ACACUCACUCACACUCACGCCCGCCUCGCACGCUCGCCCUCGCCCUCCGCCCCCGCCCCCGCUCCUGCCGACGCCGCCCCCCGGCCCGGAGCCCGCCGGACCCGCUGCCGCCCCCGAGCCCCGCCCGGUACGCGACGCCGCCGCCGCAGCUGCUACUCGAGGCCGGGGAUCGGGAGGGACCCGCAGGCCGCGCCCCCGACCCCGGCCUGGCCCGGCCCGGCUCCGGCUCCGACCCGGCAGCGGAGGACGAGGACGAGGACCAGGAGGGGGAGGAGCCGGAAUAAAGGGCGGCGAGGGAGGGAGCGAAAGGGGAAAGCUACCCCCGGACCCCCGGCGGGCCCCAGACGAGCCGCAGAACAAUUCAUCGUAGGAGCCCAGCUCUUCCUGUUCACCCCAUUUGGCACACCACUGAUUUAGGAAUGUUUGCCAGUCCACCACAAGACACUGUCUAGUGUUUUUGGGCCUACGGUCAGUGACUUGAGAAUUAGCUUCAGAAGGAACUUUUUGCUGCGCCUCUGUUGUCUUAGAGAUUCAGCUCUGGACCAAGGCUUCUGCCCCUGACACAGGGCAGCUCUUUCUGUGUGUUGAGUCACUUCAGUCGGGAAACUGAAGCCGUUACUGUCCAAACCCUGUUUCCUCUUCCCAAGCAUGUCAGAAAGCUGGCAGCAGCCUCCACCUCCCCCGCCGGCCCCCCCACAGCAGCCCCCGCCUCCCCCGCAGCAGCAGCAGCAGCAGCAGCAGCAGCAGCAGCAGCACCAUGCUGAGCCUCCGCCGGCCCUGGCCGAGCACUCGAUCCCUCCAAGCGCAGCAGAGAAUCCCUUGGGCUGCGCAGUCUACGGCAUACUCCUACAGCCAGACCCUAACAUGCAGCACCACCAGCACCCCCCCUUGCAGGCUCCCGCGGAGCCCUCCCACAAGUGUGGGGUGUGUGGCCACGAUCUGACCCACCUGUCGAGCCCCCACGAGCACCAGUGCCUGCCCGGCCACGACCGAUCCUUCCAGUGCACUCAGUGCCUGAAGAUCUUCCACCAGGCCACGGACCUCCUGGAGCACCAGUGUAUCCAGGUGGAGCAGAAGCCCUUCGUGUGUGGGGUGUGCAAGAUGGGCUUCUCACUGCUGACGUCCCUGGCGCAGCACCACAAUGUGCACAGCGGUAGCGUGAUGAAGUGCUCCAUCUGUGAGAAGACCUACAAGCCGCCCGAGGCGGAGCCGGCACAGCCGGCCACAGCGCCUGAGCCCGUGGAGAAGCCCUACAGCUGCUCCAUCUGCCAGAAACCCUUCAAGCACCUGUCGGAGCUGUCGAGGCAUGAGCGCAUCCACACGGGCGAGAAGCCCUACAAGUGCACACUGUGUGACAAGAGCUUCAGCCAGUCCUCCCACCUGGUGCACCACAAGCGCACGCACAGCUCCGAGCGGCCUUACAAGUGCACCGUGUGCGAGAAGACCUUUAAGCACCGCUCCCACCUGGUGCGCCACAUGUACGCACACUCAGGCGAGCACCUCUUCAAGUGCCCUGCCUGUGAACUGCACUUCCGGGAGUCCUCAGAGCUCCUGCAACACGCCUGCACGCCCAGCGGAGAGCGGCCCUUCCGCUGUGGCGAGUGCCAGAAGGCCUUUCGGCGGCCCUCGGACCUGCGGCAGCACGAGCGCACUCACAGUGAGGAGCGGCCCUUCCAGUGCGACCUGUGCCAGAUGAGCUUCAAGCAGCAGUAUGCGCUCUUGCGGCACCGGCGCACACAUAAGGCCCCUGGUACCUCACCCGAACCCUUCAAAUGUGCCCUGUGUGAGAAGGGCUUUGCUCAGCCUGGCCAUCUGGUCUACCACCAGCACGUGCACAGCCUCGAAAGCAUCUUCAAGUGCGGUGUCUGCCAGAAGGGCUUUGACCAGUCGUCAGAGCUGCUGCGGCACAAGUGUGCCCAGAGUGCCGAGCGCCCCUUCAAGUGUACUGUCUGCGCCAAGGCCUACAAGCGCGCCUCAGCCCUGCAGAAGCACCAGCUGGCCCACUGCGCCGAGAAGCCCCUGCGCUGCACACUCUGCGAGCGCCGCUUCUUCUCCUCCUCGGAGUUCGUGCAGCACCGCUGUGACCCAGCCCGAGAAAAGCCCCUCAAGUGCCCCGACUGUGACAAGCGCUUCAAGUACGCCUCGGACCUGCAGCGGCACCGGCGGGUGCACACGGGCGAGAAGCCCUACAAGUGCCCCUCCUGCGACAAGGCCUUCAAGCAGCGUGAGCACCUCAAUAAGCACCACAGCGUGCACGCCCGAGAGCAGCAGUACAAGUGCAUGUGGUGUGGGGAGCGCUUUCUGGACCUGGGCCUGCUGCAGGAGCACACCACCCAGCACACUGCUGAGGGGGCCUACCAGGUGGCCGCCUGUCUGCCCUGAGGCCGGCUGCCCCUCCUGCCCAGCCAACCCAGGCACACGUGGCCUCAACAUGCUUCCCCCCCUUCCCCAGCAAUGGGUUUGCAGCCUUUUAGCGGCACUGGCCCUUUGAGGGCCAGUUGGCCCCCUCUCUGUGAGAGAAAUUCAGAGCCACACCAGAUCAGAAACCAGUUUUUUUCCUCUUCCCCAUCACCAAAAGUGGAAGACCAGCCUGCUAGGCCCUGGCUGGCUUUUUCCAACCUAAACAGAAGUGAAACUGGGCCAUGAAGAGCUGUCAGGUGGCCCUGAAAAGGCCACAUGGUCCUUGCUCAGGGCUGGUGGUGCUGCUGCUUUCCCUGGGGCACUGGGUUCGUGGAGUGUUCCAGAGGCAGGGGAUCCAUGGCAUGGAUCUUCUAGAAGGAAGAAGCAGACAGAGCAGGUGGCUGCACAGGUUGGCCCUGGAGGAGGCUGAUGGCCGACCUUUGGGGUCCCCACAGGGCCGCCAGCUAUGAACAGUUUCAAGUGGGAAAGAAGACAAAGGCUCUUUAGCAUUGGGGGCAAAGGACCGAGGGCCUUUCUUGCUGGGGGAGGAAGACUCCCUUGUAGUGAGAGUUAAAAGAUCAAUUUCCCCAUUUUAAGGGCAGCUUCAUCUCCCGCCCUUGUGGGGUUCCCUAGCACUUGCUACUAUGCCAUCUUAGAGUGGCAGACCUUUGCAGGCAGGCCCACUGUGUCUGAUGACCCGCCUACGUGGACACUGCAGGUGAUAAGGAAAAAAUCAAAGGGCAGAGAACAUCACCGGCCACUUUUGUUUUGUUUUAGCAGGGCAUCAGUUCUGCCCUUUUCUUAUUUAAAUAACAAUGUUAGGAAGCUUCUAGUCAGAUUGAAUGGGUGGGAGCUAAGCUUCACUCAAAACCUGUCCUCACUGGCAAGACCAUCUCUGGUCUUGGAGGUUUGUGGGUACGGGGAAGGGCAAACUUUCAAGUGAGAGUCUGGUUGAGGUCUUAGGAGUGAGCACUGUCCCUGGGUAGUCCUUCUGGCACUUGACCCCUUCUUUCCUUUCCAUGUGAAUGAUUCUGUUGAGUUGUGACAAGAAAGGAGCAUUCGAUAGCCAAUGACCUGGGUGGCCCUAUUUGUCUAAGCUGAUGCAACCCCUAUUGCGGAUGUCACAUGACCAAGGAUGUUUAAUUCAAUGUCUGGACACUUCCUGGAUCAGAGAGGUGAUUCCUGGAGUUGACUCUGGCUGCUGGUGGGGCAUUUUGCAUCUUGGGGGUGGGGGGAGGGCGAGGGAGUAGAAGAAGGGGAAAUAGGUAUUUAAAUGGAGCAAAGACAAAUAAGCAGCCUGGUAACCACGUGGCCAGAGCUGCCCCCAUGCAUGCUUAGUGGUAUGUUCGGCCUCUCAGCUCCUCUGCAGAAACCAUCCAUCCAGACUGAGUGCUCAGAGAUCAAGCUGGGCCUACUCUUGCCCCCAAGAGGAUACUAGAAAACAUGGUGCAACCCGGGAGAGAGACUAAAUGUUUUGUUUUUAAAUCGACAGCCCACUCUCCUCACUCCCAUUCUUCCUGUCCAUGGUCCUGGCCCUUGAAAGAGAACUAGAAGGAAUUUUGAUCAAGGGGUCCAUCGGAGCUGUUCUUGAUCUCGGCUUUAAGGAGUGUAAAAGGAAACAGUCUUCCUCCUCCUCUUCCUCCUCCUCCUCCUCCUCCUCCUCCUCCUCUCCCUGAGCCCCACUUCAGGCCAGCCCUCAGGGAGGGGCUCUUCCUCCUGCCCACUUGACUGUUAAGCUCUUUGUACUUCCAGCUGCUUCAAGAGACAGAACCGGAUCUUACAAAAGUUGCUCUCUGCUCUUUUUCAUUCUGCUUUCUAAAAGCAGUUUGUUAAUAUUCACAAAGUUGUAUAGUUUAAUUUCAUGUCAUUUUGGAUCUUCUAUA